AUGAGUCAGGAAGUAAGUGGAAAAGCAGGAGUUAAUGCAAAUCACUCGGAUGAAGGUGUUUAUGAGAAUGAGCCGAAAUUGGAGAGUCGCUGGAACAAGAACAACCAGGUGCCAGCGAACCCAGACAAUACAAGGAGCAGUUCUUACAGAGUGACUUCUCUAUUUGUGCUGAUGCUGUGUAUUCUCCUGCUGACUACCAUCACAGUGCUGUUGAUUAAAUUCCAAAACCUGACUAUAGAGAGAGACCAGUUACAGACCAGUUACAGCAACCUGACAAUAGAGAAAGACCAGUUACAGACCAGUUACAACAACCUAACUAUAGAGAGAGACCAGUUACAGACCAGUUACAACAACUUGACUGUAGAGAGAGACCAGUUACAGACCAGUUAUAACAACCUGGUUGUAGUAAGAGACCAGUUACAGACCAGUUACAACAACCUAACUAUAGAGAGAGACCAGUUGCAGAAGGAUAGAGAAGAACUACAGAGGCUUUCUAAACUGGGAUGGAUGCAUUUCAACUCCAGUAUUUACUACAUCUCUAAUGAGGAGAAGAACCAGACUGAGAGCAGAAUGGACUGCAGACAGAGAGAUGCAGACCUGGUGAUCAUAAACAAUAAAGAGGAACAGGAGUUUGUCAGUAAAUUGCUGUGCAGCAGAAAAGCCUGGAUUGGUCUAAAUGACAGAGACACUGAGGGAGUGUGGAAGUGGUUGGAUGAUAUAUCACUGACCACUGGGUAUUGGGGACACGGUGAACCGAACAGUAAAGCAGGGGAUGAGGACUGUGUCAUCACAUGUGAAAUGUCUGAUAUUGUCUGGAACUGGGCUGAUUAUCCCUGUGAUUAUGAGUUUUUUUGGAUAUGCGAUAGGGAUCUAUGCCUGAAAGAUCCUCAUUAUUGUUAA